UCGGACGCCGGGGAAUCCCACGUGUCACGUUGCCACCGUGCUCCAGAAAAUGAUCGGAUCGAUUGUUCUUGCUCUCCUCCUAUUCUGUCAAUCGAUCAACAACGGGAGAUGCCUGCGGGCGAACGGCACUCACGACGAAAUCUCAGAGGCAGCGCGGCGACACAGGCUGAUGAGACGGAGCCUCACGUUUCCCGAUCCGUCGAUGCUUCUGCUGAUCUUGGGGCUGGGUACUCCGUUGCAGCUGGAUCGCGAGAGUGUAAUUGUGGGCGUGUUUGCGAAAAUGCAGUACACCAUGCCGACCAACGCCACGGAUUUCACGGAGCCGGGAGUGUAUUACACGAGAGCCAGCAAAAGCAGGUGGAGCUUUUACAGGAUGUUCGAAAAGGUGGCGGCCUUGUACGGCUUUGGUGGCAAAGAGUGUUUACUCAAGGCCAUUUGCGAAGUCGCUUACGUCCCAUUCGACGUGCAUCACGGUUUGCUGGGACAAUUGGUGCAGACGUUCCUUAGGCCCUCCAGCACCCGGGAAGAGUACGACGAGUACGGGGAUCGGGAAUAUCGGGCGGCUGAACGGCUGGGCGAGCAGGCGGAGGGCGCAGGCUGCCACGCCCUUUAUCCGGAAUGCCGCAGAAGUGUGCUCGACGUGUUUUCCACGUUGACCACGUGACGAGACCGGAUGGAAAUCUCGACGCGGUGCGGCCGGAGCUGCGUCGGAGCGGAGGUACGGACGAAACCCGGCAGAUCGCUGAUGGAAAUAUCGGAGAUCGCCGAACGACGUCGUUGAGACGCCAGGAUCGAAAGUUCGGAAGCUGGACGCGUUUUGCCGGGAACAUGAUUUCCGAAGUACACACGUAUCACACGAAGCAUCCCCCUUGAAAUUUUC